CAAUCUAACAAAAUAAAAAAAACUAAAAGUCAGAGAGACAGAACAUCUUCACUUCAGAGUCUCAAGAGUUGUCUUCCAACGAAAAGCUUGUCUCUUUGUUUUGUGUUCCGUUUUUUUUUCCAUACAAUGGCGCCGAGGAAGAGUAAGGGAGAUGGAGAAGAAAAGGCGAAACCUUUGACACAGACUUCGACGAGAGUGACUCGGAGCAUGGAUCGCCAAACUCGAAGUGCUACUAAACCAAACGGUGCUAAAGCUGCCGGAUCCGUCACCAAGCAGGUGAAGCUUGCGUCGCCGAAGAGGAAGAAGCCAUCGACUGAGACUGGGAGAGGAGGUAAGAAGGCGAAGAAGGAAGAGAAGGAUGAGGAAAAGGAAGAAGAAGCUGCGGAGGUUGAAGACCCGACGAAGCCCAAGAUUGUUAUAGAGCACUGUAAACAAUGCAAUGCUUUCAAGACAAGGGCUAUUCAGGUGAAGGAAGGUCUGGAGGGAGCUGUUCCUGGCGUCACUGUGACUCUUAACCCUGAAAAGCCAAGGCGCGGUUGCUUUGAGAUCCGGAAGGAAGGCGGCGAAACAUUCAUCAGUCUUUUGGAGAUGAAACGUCCAUUUGCGCCAAUGAAGGCUCUUGAUAUGGAAGAAGUCAUCGAGGACAUCAUUAAGAAGAUUAAAUGAGAGAGACAUCUACAGACCUGCAAAGUGCCUCUUCUUAUGCCGAAUCUGUUCUUUGUUUCUGCCAAUCAGGAUUAUGUAGUAGAAGACUUUCUAGAGCAACUUCGGAUUUGUUAGGUUCACUUUAUUUAUUUUUUUCGGUAUGAGCACUGUAAGUGCUGUCUGGUUGUUUUUUGCAAUGCAUGAUUGGCUUAGCUUGAUCUGUUUUGUUUGUGGGAUUAACAAGUAUGUGUAAGGCUACUUUGAUUCAUCUCGUUGCUUGAAGCAAACCGAUUCGUGUUUUA